AUGGAUUUAAGAAAUCAGUCUACAGUGUCAGAAUUCGUGCUUCUGGGACUUUGCCAGUCAUGGAACACUCAAGUUUUACUCUUUGUGAUAUUUUUGAUGCUUUAUCUGCUCAUCGUGUCUGGAAAUGUUUUCAUCGUCAUCUUAAUCAUCACUGACUCACAUCUCCAUUCCCCCAUGUACUUCCUGCUGGCCAAUCUGUCCUUCGUCGACAUGUGGCUUUCCUCGGUCACCACUCCUAAGAUGAUCACAGACUUCCUCAGGGAGGAAAAGACCAUUUCCUUUGGAGGCUGCAUGUGCCAGGUCCUGUUUGUGCAUUUUGUUGGAGGAGGCGAGAUGGUGCUUCUUGUAGUAAUGGCCUACGACCGCUACGUGGCCAUCUGUAAACCACUCCAUUACACUACCAUUAUGAGCCUGCAAAAGUGCACUGGGUUGGUAGUGAUUUCCUGGACCAUUGGCUUUGUGCAUGCCUUGAGCCAAAUGGCUGUAAUUGUGCAGCUGCCUUUCUGUGGCCCAAAGGAAAUAGACAGCUUCUUCUGCGAUAUACCACUGGUGCUCAAGCUGGCUUGCAUGGAUUCCUCUAACUUGGAGAUUUUAAUGAAUGGUGACAGUGGAGUUCUGGCUAUGACCUGCUUUAUUCUAUUGCUGAUAUCCUACACAUAUAUUCUUCUCACUGUCUACAAAAGCUCUAAAACUGGUGCAUCCAAGGCCCUCUCUACCUGCACCGCUCACAUCACAGUAGUGAUGCUCUUCUUUGGACCCUGUAUCUUUAUCUAUGUAUGGCCACUCAGUAUCACCUGGGUGGACAAAUUUCUUGCUGUGUUCUAUUCAGUUAUUACACCUCUCUUAAAUCCAGGCAUCUAUACCUUGAGAAAUAAAGAUAUGCAAUAUGCUAUGAAUAGAUUUAGAAACUAUUACAUGGAAUCAUAG